GUUAGAAACGCGAUACUCGUUUAUUGGUAACUUCCUUUCGACGUACGGUAGACUGCGUGACAAGUAAAGCGGCGAAACACGCGUACUAAUAUUAGAACAAAGUGUUUCCGAAGUUAUUUCUUCGCAUCGUGGUACACUAUGAUGUCUGGUUCAUGUCUGGUUAUCGGUAUAUUGUUCCUAUUGGUAGCAACGUGUUUGUCUCAGUAUUGCAGUGAGCGUAGUACAGAAUGCUGUCCGGGUAGGGAUGACGAAUGUAGCAUAGAAUACCGAGGCACUAAGUGUUACUGCGAUACGUUCUGCAACCAUACAGCAAUUGACUGCUGCCCAGAUUUCUGGAAUCUUUGUCUAGGCGUGGAACCUCCGAGCUUCGAUGAAUGUUAUCACAAUGGAGUUGGUUACCGAGCUGGUGCUGCGAUUUACAUAAACUGCAACAAAUGUACAUGUCAGAGAGGUGUAAACGGAGAUUCAGCAUUCAAUUGUGAAAAUAAAGCGUGCACGGUUCGACCGUCUCUCAUUCAAGCAAUCAACCAUGGGGGUUUUGGAUGGCGGGCUGCGAAUUAUACGACCUUCUGGGGAAUGAAAUUGACGGACGCGGUGAAACACAAGUUAGGUACAUUGAAAGUCGAGAGAGAUGUUCACACGAUGACGGAGAUCGACAUAAAGAUGAAAAAGAAAAUUCCUAAAAGUUUUGAUGCCAGGGAUAAAUGGGGUAGCAUGAUAACUGGUAUCCUGGACCAAGGCAAUUGUGCAAGUUCCUGGGCUUUUUCUACAGUCGGGGUGGCUUCUGAUCGUCUCGCUAUUCAAUCCAGCGGUGAAACUGGGAUGACGCUGUCACCGCAACAUUUACUGUCAUGCAACACUAGAGGGCAGCGUGGUUGCAGUGGAGGACACAUAGAUAGGGCCUGGUGGUUUAUGAGAAAACGAGGAGUGGUUUCGAAUGACUGUUACCCGUACACCAGUGGUGACCAGGAUAAGAAGGGUGUGUGUAUGAUGCCCGGAAAACUGCCAUCCGACUGUCCGACAGGAAGGGAACGUAAUAACGAAUUGCAUCACAGUACACCGCCUUAUAGGAUUGCAGCCAACGAGAGAGAGAUUCAAGUGGAAAUCAUGGAGAACGGCCCCGUGCAAGCAUCAUUCGAAGUGAAGGAAGACUUCUUUAUGUACGGUAGUGGCGUCUACCGACAUACCCCUAUUGCGAGUAACGAUGCUGAGCAGUACCAUGCCAGUGAAUGGCAUUCUGUGAAGUUACUGGGAUGGGGAGUUGAAAACGGCAUCAAAUAUUGGCUAGGUGCAAAUUCAUGGGGAACUAAGUGGGGAGAAGAUGGCUACUUCAAGAUCCUUCGCGGCGAAAAUGAAUGCAACAUAGAAUCGUACGUUGUAGCAGUCUGGGGCAAAGUGGACACGAGUAACAAGCCCAACCACAGGGUGACUAAACGAACAGCGAACACGAGAAAAAGGCGUUCUGAACUCAAUCUAUUUCAAUGGCUGUUUUCCUAAUUCAGUUAGAGGGCGCUUAACUGCGUCAGGUAAACCGUCGACUACUUUUCAACAGUAAACGCAUUCUAAUUAUUUUGUUUGGUCACAAUACUCCUCAAUAAGCGUUGGCAAUCUUGUUUAGUUUUGGAGUUACCGAAAAAAAUACCCUGGUUAGUGUGUCCGUAACAUCAAGCUCAAUUAUAACAAUAAAUUGUGGAGACAUUUAUAGUAAACACAUUUCACAGAAUUAUUGUUAUUCUUCAUGUAUAUACAUAUUUUUUUCAAUUGGGAUUCCUGUAAUUUUUACUUGAAAACGAACACCCCCCCAUUAUUAUAUUUUAGGGAUUAUUUUAUGGGUGCUGAUGCAUUCAAUAUAAUAACACCUAACGUUAACUUAAAGUUUCAGAUAUGAUCACAAUAGCACUUAUUUUUCAACAAUUUGUUACUAGAUUAGACUAUUUGGUGAUAUUAUGAGUAUUUGAGACUAGUCCCAAUUACGUGGGAGCCAUUUUUAUUUUGACGCUACAAGGCUAUUUCCUAUUUCGGGGGGAAAUCAAAGUUUCCAUCGUAUACACAUUUUUUAAAUCGCGCCCUCUAGCGACAGCGAUGCUGUGACGUCAAAUGUUAAUGGCUACUGCAGAUCAAAAAGAUGCCGACGCUUUGAUUGGCCUUUGCGUCAUUCAUUUACGUCCUACAAGAUCUUCGUCGAUAGAAGGCGCGAUUUAUUUGAAUGGUUUAAUUGUAGUCAUCGACUGAACUUGAUGAACAACUACAUCAAAACAUGUCAUGUUUUUCAGAUUCGAUUAUAACCUUAUCCACGACUUUUAAUUAAGACAACUAUUUCUCAAUGUAUACAUUUUACUUUUGUCUGUUUUCAUAUUUCUUUUUACAUUUUUAAAUAAUAUAAAAUUCAAUUUACAUCCGAUUCUUUGCAUCAUCGUCACCAACAAAAACAAAAGCAGCAACAACAAACGCAUAAUAUAAUUGCAUCGAAGAAUUACUACUUCAAUGCCGGCAAUGUCCAUA